UUGCUGCUCAAGAAAGUGAAGCAGAAUCUGAUCGUCUUCUUUCGAACUAGUAUUAAUCUCGGUAAGAACUUCAUCGCUGUUUAUCACCUCGCAAUUAGCAUCUCAUUUUACCCUCUUGAGCACAAGUCAAGUAUUAACAAACGGUUCCAGACCGAGUCCAAGGCGGAUUUAAUCCUACCCAUUUCUCAAAAUCUCGAGUCCAAAGACGAUGGAUUGUGGUUUCAAAUUGAGAACUCUACCGACCUGAAACGCGAGGGAUUCAGGGUUCCUCAAAACGCUUACAGAGCUGUGCUAGAGGUUUAUGUGUCACCCCACCACGACGGACAAUCCUGGGACGAGGUUGGAAAUGAGCCUUUCAGAGACGUGGUGAUCACCUUGGAUGAUAUGAUUGUAGUAGGCGCAAUCUGGCCUUACCCUAUCAUCUAUGGUGCAGGGAAUGAUAUCUGGAAUCCUGUAGUCAGCAUACGCAACUUCGAUUUCCCUUCGUACGACAUCGAAUUAACACCAUUCUUGGGGACUCUACUAGACGGAGGGAUCCACAAUUUGAGCUUUGGCAUAGGGAAUGCAGGGAACGUAUGGUACAUCGACGAAAACCUGCACCUUUGGUUGGAUCACAGAAGCAACAGGACAAAUGGAAAAUUCGUGUCGAGCUAUAGCCAGCCACUCGAUCUCUCUUCGAAGCUGAAGAUGAAGCUGGCACUCGCUGGGAAAUCGUGGGUCGAAGCACAUAGGGUUUUAUCUUCACAAGGACGGGUACAAUCAUCACACGGUAAUAUCACAACUCGUGUUAGCCAAAACUUUUUGUAUGCUAACUACAUGGACACUAAAAAUGAGGAUGAUUGCUUCAGCUCCACGGUAGAACAGUUGGUUCUUUCAAAUGACAGUGUUUCGUUCGUAGAUAAUUUUGCUGCUAUUAACUUCUACUCCUUCGAGUCAAUGAAGACCUUUAAUCUGACUAACAAGGAAGAUCUAAAAAGGAUGAAAGCAGAUAUCUUAGACAAAAUAAACAUCGAGAUAGAGUACGGUGACAAGAAGACACAUGAAAGUCCCCACUCCAAAUCUACCAUAGUAAAUAGCUUGAAAGAUCAACAGAGUGGCAGCAGGGUUGUGAUUUUCAAGAACUAUUCGUUCUUUAGCGUCUUGGAUGCUAUGAAUCAAUCAUACCACUACCAGAAUGUCGAAGGCAAUACUAAGAUGUGUUAUUUUAGGAACAUAAGCAGCUUCAAUGCCAGCAUAGUUUAUGAUAAGGAAAAUAAUAAGUGUGCUAAAUAG